AUGCUCAAUGAGCAUGACACGACUCAGGAUGAAGGAUCUUUGGACCAGCAAGUGGUAGUCCCAACCCCCUACCAAGAGGAGCUCCAAAAUGUUCCCAUUCACGACCAUCCAUAUACAGUAGCAGACCCCAGUUCAGGGCAGGAAGAGAUUGAAUACCUCUACCUGACCUUCGAAUCGGACAUACCUCUGACCCCAGCAUUUGCUCCAGGAGUCGAAGUCGAUCGUCCGCCACUUCCAGAUCUACGCCACUACGACAACCCAUUUUCGUGGUCCAGGACCAGGAAGAACUGGAUGACAUGGCUCUCAUGCUCCGCCAAUAUCGCAGCUGCGUAUUCAGCAGGGUCGUAUGCUUCACCCGCUUUCCAACUGACGGAGAAAUGGGGUGUGUCAGAAGUAGCAUAUAACGUUGGCAUCACCGUCUUCACCUGCGGUUUUGGGUUUGCCCCGAUGGUCCUGGCUCCUUUUUCAGAGAUCAAUGGCAGGAGGCCAGUUUUCAUUGCGACCGGUGCACUCUUUGUCAUAUGUCAACUGUGUUGUGCUGUGACCGAAUCCUACGGUGGCAUGCUUGCUGCUCGUUUCUUCCUCGGUGUUGGAGGCUCAACCUUUUCCACCAUGGUCGGAGGUAUCCUCGCGGACGUAUGGAUCACAGCCGAGAGGAAUACUCCUAUGGUUCUUUUCACCGGCGCAACUCUACUCGGUACAGGCCUUGGCCCACUGGUGAGUGGUUUUGUGGCACAGCAUCUAUCCUGGCGAUGGGUGUUCUGGAUCCAAGUCAUCACCAGUGGCACUUUGGUGUCUCUUGUCACGAUUUUCUUCCGAGAGACUCGUGGAACCAUCAUCCUAAGUCGCAAGGCCAAGAUCCUCAACAAGUGGUACGAAGAGUUGGAACAGGCCGGCGCUCUCGGUAUGGAAUCUCAAGUUUUUGACCGCGACAAGAGAGAAGACACACAAAAAGCGCGCCGCAUCAGGUGGAAAGUCAAGGCCGACGAAGAAAGAUCCUCGAUAGGCCGCAUGAUCGCCGUGUCCCUGUACCGACCGAUCCACAUGCUCUUCACCGAACCCGUGGUCUUCUUUUUUAGUUUGUGGGUUGGGUUUUCCUGGGCCAUUCUGUAUCUGCAGUUUGGCUCGAUCCCCUUGGUGUACGAGGUCAACCACGGAUUCUCGUUGGAACAGACCGGCGCCAUCUUCACCUCCAUCUGCGUCGGUGCCAUCCUCUCCACGCUCCUCUCCAUCUGCCAGGAAAACUACGCCGUCAAACAUUACCCGGUCAAGAUCAACGGGUCCCCCGAGGGUCGAUUGGCCUUCGCCUGUGUCGAGUCGGCCCUGAUGCCCAUUGGGAUUUUCUGGUUUGGGUUUACCUGCUACCCGUCCAUCCACUGGGUGGUCCCCACGAUAGGCGUCUCCAUCGCCACCAUGGGCAUCUUCAGCAUCUUCCUUGCCACCUUCAACUACACGGCCGAUGUCUACCACAUCUACGCCAGCUCGGCCCUGGCCGCGUCGGGACUGUGUCGGAAUUUGCUGGGCGGGUCGUUCCCGCUCGUGACCAAACAGAUGUACCGCAACCUGGGCUUCCAGGCCGCCAGCGGGUUACUCGGCGGCAUCGGUGCCCUGUUGACCCUCGUGCCGUGGGUCCUCUACUUCAACGGUCCCAAGAUCAGGGCGAGGAGUAAGAUUGCCAGUGCUUUUACAUGA